GUCUCAAAAGUAGAGAGUUGACUCCCAAUAAAUAUGAGACUGAGGAUGUCCGUAGCUCAUUCUGCUCUCGAGCCCACCAGGAAAGAAAGACAGGUCCAUUUGCCCUCCAGGAACAGCUAUGAAGUUCCUCUCCGCACGAGACUUGCAUCCACUUUUCUUCUUGGGGCUGAUGCUGGUGACGGCCACUGCCUUUCCUACCUCACAAGUCCGGAGAGGAGACCUCGCAACAGCAGACACCACCUCCAACAAACCAGUAUAUACCACUUCACAACAAGUUGGAGGGCUGGUGACAAGUGUUCUCAAGGAAGUCUUGGAAAUGAGAAAAGAGUUGUGUAAUGGCAGUUCUGAUUGUAUGAACAGUGAUGAUGCACUCUCAGAAAACCGUCUGAACCUUCCUGUGAUACAAAUGAAUGAUGGAUGUUUUGAAACGGGACACAAUUGGGAAAUUUGCCUUUUGAAAAUCACCUCUGGUCUUCUGGAGUACGAGAUCUAUCUGGAGUAUGUGAAGAACAACAUGCAAGAUAGCAAGAAAGACAAAGCCAGAGCCAUCCAGACAAGUACCCAAGCCCUAAUUAGCAUCCUCAGACAGGAGGUAAAGGAACCAGGCAAAAUAAUCUCCCCUGGCCCGACUUCCACGGCUCUCCAAAUGGAGACACUGAAGCCACAGGAUGAAUGGCUGAGAACCAGGAUCACCCAGAUCAUCCUGAAAGCACUUGAAGAAUUCCUAAUGGACACCAUGAGGUCUACUCGGAAAAACUAGUGUGAUAUGCCAAAGUGUGCCAAUCUGUGGAUAUUCCUCAUUAUGGUGAGAAAAUAUACCCUGUCACUGGGUAUUGCCUUAUGUUGUUCUCUACGAAGAACCGACAGUAUGAAUGUUGGGACACUAUUUUAAUUAUUCUUAAUUUAUUGAUAAUUUAAAUAUGUAAACUUUAAGUUAACUUAUGAUUGAUAUUUAUAAUUUUUAUGAAGUGUCACUUGAAAUAUUAUAUGUAAUGGUUUUGA